UAGGGGACUUUUUAUGGGCCACAAAACUUUGACAGAGUGGAAAUAUUGUCACUUUAUAAUGGUCAUUGGUAGUUUAACCUUGCUCCUUCUGGUUGGGAGAUUUUUAGAGUUUCCCUUAAUGAAGACCAGUAUAACAGUCAAACACAACCGUAGUGGUUAAUGAUAUCUUCACAAGAUCCGCCAAAACACAAGCAAUGAGAAAGGGACUCCUGACGGAUUACUGCAGGACAUAUUCUGGAAAUCAAGAACUACCCGAUAAACAACGACUUGGACAACUUCUUGUCGACGAUAACAACAAUUACAUCUACUGCGCUGUUCCUAAGGUUGCCAGCACGACAAUUAAGGGAAUCUUGUUCAGUUUGCGUAAUGACAGCCAUAAAGUUAGGAAGUUUUCCGUGCAUACGCCGAGUUUGUGGCAACACAUGAGUCAGUUCAAUAUAACGGAAAACUCAAAACGUCUAGCGACGCAUUUCAAGUUCCUCUUUGUACGUGAGCCAUUUGACCGUUUACUGUCUGCCUACAAAGACAAAUUCUGCGGGAAUAAUCGAAUUUACACGAAUGGUUAUCGCCGAAUGAUAGUCCAGGCAUUCAGACCUCAAGAUACUGAAACAAUCGGCACGACUGCUAACAACGUGACUUUCAAUGAAUUUCUCAGGUACAUUUUAACCUAUCCUGAUUACCUCAUCUCUCGCGAUGACCACUGGAAACAAUACAGACAUCUUUGUUUCCCUUGUAUCAUCCAAUACGAUUUCAUCGGCCAUUAUGAGACGUUAGAGGAUGACGCCAUUUACUUACUAAAAAUGGCGGGAAUUGACAACGUGGUUUUCCCGCCAAUUCACUCGUCAGGAGCUGACGAAGAUUUUCUCAAGUUUUACUCCCAAGUUCCACUCCAGCUUAUUUUUAGAAUAGGAGAAAUUUUUAGGAAAGAUUUUGAAAUGUUUGGUUAUUCGUUCCCUGGACCCUUGAAAGAAUUACUCUCAAAUUAUACUCUGAAUAUUAACUCUGAUUCUUUAAAACACAAGUAAGGCUAUGAUCCAC